GCAGCGAACAGGUACUUCUCUCUCAGCAGUGACAGCUACAGGGUAGCAACAGUGAUCACCUGGAAGGUUUCACGCACCUAUGUCUCUGUGCUACCAGUUAGAGAAGUGCUGCUUUCCGGCACCUCCUCUUCCCUGAGACACCCUGGGAGUUGGCUUCCUCUUUUCACCUGGGAAGAAGGAUUGCAGAAACCUGAUAAACUGGAAACAUCAAGAGGCUAAACUAAGGAAAGCUAACCACAAGAAAGCUUUUCUAAAGAAUCAUUACAUUUAAUUGUUUAAAGCAGAAAAAAAGAUGAGUCUCCUCAAAGAGCGUAAACCAAAGAAGCCUCAUUACAUCCCAAGACCGCCAGGAAAGCCAUUUAAGUAUAAGUGCUUUCAGUGCCCCUUUACUUGCAAUGAGAAAUCCCAUCUUUUUAACCAUAUGAAGUAUGGCCUCUGCAAAAACUCCAUUACUUUAGUAUCAGAGCAGGACCGUGUCAUCAAGUGCCCAAAGACCAGUUCCUUGGAGUCCAAGCAGAUCAAUCACCUAGAGCCUACAGUCAAACCCACUUCUUCCAAGUCAGCCACAAACGGACUGUCAAAUCUCGAUUCAAAGCCUCAAUACGCUUUUCCAAAAGAAGAUGCCAAGGAAAAUGUUGAAUUACAAAACCAAGCAACGAACACAGCAAUCCAAGGUCAGAAACCUGCAAUCCAGAAGGAAGUAACCUCUGCCAGUACCUCAGCAGAAAGCACCCUCGGCAUGCAGCCUCUUCUGGACAGCAUCGUGAGGCCCUCAGCUUUUGUUCCUGUAGGAGAACACAGAGAUAGCAAAGGCCCAGAAACAAGUGAAGUACCUGAAAUUCUAUCGCUCCCCAACAAAAGUUCACCUUUUCACACUAAAUCUGCAUUUCAUGCACCAAGUCACCCAUGGAAAGCAGGUUCUCCUUUCCUCCCAGAAUUUCCACAUAAAGUUCCUCCCACAAAAGGCUUUGGUUCCAUUCCUCCUUACAUGCAACCGAUGAUUCCAGACUAUUCGCCCCACUUUUAUGAGCAUAGGCUGGCCAUCUAUACACCUUACUUGCUUCCAGGUAAUUCCGAGUGUGAAAGCUCUGCUCUGUCCGUCUACGGCACGCAAGACCAAAGACACUUUCUUCCUCACCCUGGGCCACUUCCAAAACACAUAAAUCCAUCAGCAUAUGAACACUAUCGGCUGUUCCAGCAGUAUCAUUCCACUCCUCCAAUACCAUAUGGAUUUUGUAGGCCCACGGAUCCUCCUUUUUAUCGAUUUUCACACGUAGCCGGUAUUAACAGAGAUCAAAGUUCUCAUCUAAUGGAAGAAACUACUUUGUUAUACCCAGCUUCUUUAAGUCCUUCCCAACAAUAUCCUCUAGGUUCGCACAAAAAACAAGCAGACUAUGAAAAGGAAAUAACAUUACUGCAUGCCAAAAGUCAUUCCAAAGAUGACCAAAAUGAAAGAGAGAAUGCUAAAAUGAGCCCUCUUGCAGGGAGCGCGGCAACGGGCUCCCCAGGCAGGCCCAGCCCCACCAACUUCACUCAGACAAGCCACGCGUGUGAGGGCUUAUUUGACCUCUCCAACAAAUCGUCCUCCACAUCACUUGGAAAAUAUGAUCAACCAGAAGAAAACUUUACAGCUUUCAGACCUGUGAGAAAAAGCACUGAUCAACCAGCACUACUUCCAAGCGUGCCAACACAGCAAGAUAGAGAAGAUUCACCUUCCAGCAUUAAUGUCACUGAUGAAGAUUCAUAUACACCAAGUGAAAGCCACAACAAUGAAGGUUCACUGUCCAACACAGAAGACGACACUGGAAUAGCUCCCCUUAAUCUUUCAAAAAAGGCUGACACAAAUGCAGGACCUCCUCAUGAACACACAUACAAAGCCACAUCCAAAACGGAGAGUCAGAACUUCCUAGAAUUGCAAGAUAUGCCUCUGAACCUCUCGGUAAAAGAUUCCUGUAACACAGUAAGCCCGAAAACAACAUCCCACAGUCCAUCUCAUGAUAAUGGUGCUGCUACUUCUCCAAAGACAGAAAAUGAGAACUCAGGAGCAGAAAGCUCAGGAGCAUGCAACCCCAAGAACCCUAUUAACAGUGCCUGUGACAAAGCUUUCCCAGCUCACCGCAACGAAGCUCAAGACUUACGCAUCAUUGACAGCUGCGAUGAACAGAAACAAACAGCGGCUGUAGCUCUCUGUCAGCUAGCUGCAUACAGCCCCAGCAAAGUUAGGAUGGACAAUGAAGGGCAAAGUCCUCAGGACUGUAAUACUUUGAGUACAGAAUCUACUCCUGACUCUUCUGAUACUCAGGAUACUCAGUGCAAUCAAAAAGUAAAAGGACAAAAAAGGACAAAUCAAAAAGAAUCAGCAAAAUCACAGCAAAGCACUAAAAGAGUAAGGCCAAAUGACUGCAGCAGAGUCUUUACUUUGAGGAAAAGAACAAGAGUAUCUUAAUGCUCCACUUUCCAAUUUGUUUCUAAUCAUAGAAAUUAGUCGGCACCUAUACAGAAAUUUUCUACAAACCAUCCCUUACUAGAUCUGGUCCAUGAUAAGAUACAUUCAAACUCCCCUAUGUAAAUAAUGUUCAUAAUUUUAUAUUAGUAUUUUUAAAUAAUUGAGCGUUCCCUUCUAUAAGCUCAGGUUUUUAUGAGUGAAUUUUUGCAUUCAUUACUAAAGCCAAAGCCCAUUAGACAAAUCUCCAAGGUUUUUUGCAAUUGUAUUACUGUAAAAU